AAAUAAAUAAAAAAAUCGCCUUCAAAUAUUAUUUCUUAAGCUCUUUAUGAUUUCCAUUGCAAAUAUACCUCCAACAAAAUCUCAAAGAGAACGCUGUUGGCAAGCUAGAGAUAUCUUUUUUCAAUGUUUAGAUAAACAUUCUAUUAUUAAUCCAAUAACACAGAUUGAAAAAAUUAAUUCAUUCUGUUCAUUAGAAGAAGAGAGCUUUAGAAAUAACUGUGCAAAAAGCUGGAUAGAUUAUUUUAAAAAAAAAAGACUUAUUGAUUUUCAAAAUAGAUUUUAUAAAAAUUACAAUAACACUCAAAAUUCCAAACUAUGAUUUUACUUCAAAUUAAAUUAUAAUUCGUAAAUAUACUUAAUAAAUACAAACGCUCCUUAUU